AUGGACGAAUUUACUGAUCUCCCCGACUUUGACUCGCUGCCUCCAGUAGAGGGUAUGCCCAAAGGCUGCGCAUGGGGUGUCUUCGACAAGAACGGCACGAAGGACACUCUGGGCUGCCUCAACCUCCUCACGCCGGCCGUGGUCCAGUCGGCCUAUGCCGAGGCGCGCGACGGCAUAUCCAUCUCACUGAACCACACGCUAGACGUGCUCAAGGUGCCGAGAGGCCGGGCGGCGCCGUCGCACCGCGUGCUGUCGUGGGCCGAGGACAUUGCGCCGGCAGUCUGCGGCCACUUGCACGUCUUGGACGACGAGCUCAGCUUCAACACCCAGGCCAGCAGCCAGUGGGACGGCUUGCUGCACUAUGCACACCAGGCCACUGGGCUAAGGUACAACGGGCUGCGGAUUAGCAAGGGUGAAAUCGAGAAAGGCGAGAAGACUAGCAUCCCCGGUCUGGAGCACUGGCAUCAGCGCGGCGGUGUCGUGGGACGCGGCGUCCUGCUAGAUUAUCGGGCGUACGCUGCGGCAAAGGGAAUCGAAUAUGACACCCGCAGUCGGCAUGUGAUCACAGUUGCAGACUUAGAGGAAAUUGCGAAGUUUCAAGGCACCGAACUACGCAGGGGCGACAUCCUGCUCGUGAGAUCAGGCGUGGCCGAGGACUUUGUGGGGCUCAGCGGCGACGAGCAGAUGGCGAAGAUGGCGAAUAGCCAAGGAGGAAUGAUUGGGAUUGAGGGAACGGGGGAGGCUGCAAAGUGGUUCUGGAACAAACACUUCGCCGCGGUGGCAGGUGAUAUGUUGGCUUUCGAGGUCUUCCCACCCCAGAAAGCAGAUGGAUCAUUUGGUGACAUGGGAGAUCUUGUCCUGCACUCGUACUUCCUGGCCAUGUUCGGGUUGAACAUUGGCGAGCUUUGGAACCUGAAGGCCCUUGGGGAUCAUUGCGCCAAAAUAGGCCGAUACUCUUUCCUCUUAACAUCGAUUCCAUUGAACAUCUCAGGUUUGGUGGCUUCACCACCCAACGCUCUUGCUUUGUUCUAG